CGCCUGUGAGUGCGCGUGCGCCAAGUGUCUGUGUCUGUGUGUCGACAGUCGUCAGCAGAAGUCGGAAGUGGGUUCUGACCCAGUCCUCCGAACAGAAAGGACCUGUCGGUGUUGAGUGCUGCAGGUACAGAGCUCUGACGUUUGCCCUCACCUUCCUGCUCUACACCAGCUUCCAUCUUUCCAGGAAACCUAUUAGCAUUGUGAAGAGUGAGCUUCACAAGAACUGCUCAUCAGCCAGUGAACUAGCCACUGUUGGAUCAGGCAGCACCGGGAGCCAGGAGCCCACACCACUAUCAUUUCACUCUAACAUGGACUGCAGCUGGAAACCUUUUGAUAAAAGCAACUACAAACAGCUGCUGGGAGCCAUGGACUACUCUUUCCUCUGUGCGUACGCAGUUGGGAUGUAUGUCAGUGGCAUCAUUGGAGAGCGCCUGCCCAUUCGACUGUAUCUCACUGUGGGAAUGCUGACCAGUGGCCUUUUCACUUGUCUGUUUGGACUGGGCUACAUCUACAACAUUCACAACCUCAGCUUUUACAUCUUUGUCCAGGUGGCCAACGGCUUGGUCCAAACUACUGGCUGGCCCAGUGUGGUGACCUGCAUAGGGAAUUGGUUUGGAAAGGGAAGACGUGGACUCAUCAUGGGCCUGUGGAACUCCCACACCUCAGUAGGAAACAUCCUGGGCUCUCUAAUAGCUGGCUACUGGGUCUCUUCUAACUGGGGCCUUUCCUUCAUUGUACCAGGCCUUAUCAUUGCAGCCAUGGGUGUGAUUUGCUUCUUCUUCCUGAUUGAACAUCCUAAUGACCUUAAAAGUGCGUAUGCUCAGAAUCUGUCUCCAACCAAGAGUGUUCCAUUUAAAAGUUGGAACGGAGCAAAUGGACACUCAGAGUUGUAUCUGCAGUACAGGGACAACAAAAACCAGAGUUCAGACACAGAGCUGCUGUUGCCCCGGGACUCUGUGUGUGUUCCUGUGCAGCCCAUUGUGGUGGUGAAGAGCGAGUCCGAACCCUCCGCCAUCAGCUUCAUGGGAGCUCUACGAAUACCCGGAGUGAUUGAGUUCUCUCUCUGUCUGCUGUUUGCCAAGCUGGUCAGUUAUACUUUUCUCUUCUGGCUGCCUCUUUACAUCACCAAAGCAGCUCAUCUGGAUGCAAAAAAAGCUGGUGAUCUCUCCACACUGUUUGAUGUUGGAGGAAUUGUGGGUGGGAUCUUGGCUGGAGUGAUUUCCGAUAAAUUGGGAAAGAGAGCCACUACUUGUGCAGUCAUGUUACUGCUAGCUGCUCCCAUGCUAUAUGGUUUCUCCAUGAUCAGUGAGUUUGGUCUGGGACCAACCAUCGUGAUGCUGUUGGUUUGUGGAGGACUGGUCAAUGGACCGUAUGCUCUCAUAACUACUGCAGUGUCUGCUGAUCUGGGGACCCACAAAAGCCUGAAAGGCAAUGCCAGAGCRUUGUCUACAGUCACGGCCAUCAUUGAUGGAACAGGGUCUGUUGGUGCAGCUGUAGGUCCUCUGCUGGCAGGACUAUUAUCUGUAGGAGGCUGGAAUAAGGUCUUCUAUAUGCUGAUGACUGCUGACUUYCUCGCUCUGUUGCUCUUGUUACAGCUUGUGGUAAAGGAGCUGACCUCGUCUAAAUCUCGUCCCAUCUCUGCUGUUGAGUUGAAGGAGCAUUGAGCACUUUGAGUACACUCAGAUUCUGAAACACUUACACRUGCACUCAUUCUAACACACAUGCAUUGAAGCAUCGAUUUACGUCUGAAGUGCACUAUGGCUCUGCCAGAACCUGCUCUGUUCUGGAUAAAAGACUUCAAACAGAGGAGAACCAAUUCUGAUGAAGAACUGAAGCCSCAUCUGCUCAACCAAACCCACUCUGCCUCUCAUCCCAACUCUACAGACGUACACUCCACUGGCACUCAGAGAGGAACUAAGGAAUCACUGUUGUACCAACUUCCUUAGCUCUUAUGUUUGGUUUCUGUAGGUUGAAUAAACAAGUGCCUGUCAGUCCUUUUAAAMCUUAGUCUUUAGCCUAAAAUCAGUCUGACUACAGUUGGAAAUAUGCUUACUAAUGAAAUAGGAGGAGGAAACCUUUAAAAAGGCCACAGCUUUUCUGAAAACAUGUCAGAGUAGUUAUUAUGUCCUUAGACGUUUGAAAACCUUUAAAUUUUGUGUUAUGUUACCUCUGAGCAGGUCUACAUCCUCAUGGGUGGUCUGGGAGUUGGUCUUUGCUUUCAGAUGUGUUGGAGGGGAAAACGUCACAUGUGCUGCUCUAACAGGAUACAAACAAGGUCCUGUUUGGGACCGAUCAUGUUUUCUUUGAGGAACAAUUUUAAACAGAAAACAAGGUUUCCUUUUUUGAUUUUUUACAGCCGUAGUGUCAGGAUAAUGCCAUGAUAAUAGUUGUUAAAAAGAUGGAGUUAUUGUUGUUCUGUCUGAAAAUCUGACAUUUUAGAUCUCUUCCUGCCAUAUUACGUCCWGUCUCUGACAUUUGGACAUGUCCAGGGUAACUGGUGCCAGCUUCUUGUUCUUCUAGAAGAAACAAACACUGUACAUGUGUUUGUGGAAGUUGGUUUAUUUAUCUGAAAUACUUUGCACAUGUUACAGAUGUUUGUAUAUUUUCAUGUACUCUGUGCUGUUCUGUCUGUAAAWGUGGACCACUAAGACCCCUCUGAGCUGAAGCUGCUCUUCGUUGGUGCCUUACUUAACCAAACAGGUUUGUUUUAAAUCACAUGUUUGUUGUUCUUGUUUAUACUUUUGUGAUUUGUUUUGUUGUUGUAAUGAAGGCACAAAGCUCUAUUUUUCUAAGCUGGUAUCUUUCAUUUGUGAGUUUUUGGACCUGACAUCUUGUGAAUGUACUUGUGUAAUUAGAACUUUAACCUGGGACACUUGGAUUGAUUUAUUUAGGUAUUUUUUAUUUUUGUGCAUAUUGUUACUGAGGUGCAAUAUCAGUUUAUUU